AUCCGGUGCAGAGGCAAUCGUCGUGAACGAGCUUUGUUGUUGUUUACGUGCUCGAGUUUUGUAAACGAAAACAUGGAAUCGGCGCCGCGCGAACUGUCCUUAGCUGAAAUUCGCAGUUUUAUGUUGAAAAACAACUGCAAAGUGACCAACCACGCGCUGGUAAAGCAUUUCCGUCUAUUUUUGACCAAUAAAGAAACGCAAGAAGAGUCACGAAAGUUGUUCAAGAGUUAUGUGAACAUUUUGGCUUCAAUCAAAAAUGAAGGCGAAGAAAAAUAUCUGAUUUUGCGAAAAAAGUACGUCACCGAAUGUCCAACCGAUGACUUAUCUUUGAAUGUUAGUUCGCGCUCAUUCGCAGCACCUCUGUCGGACAAUGAGAGCUCUCCUUUCAAGCAGCCACCGCCAUAUCGUCCCCCACCGGAGGUUCCAGAUCAAUGCAGCCCCCGUGGAAGUGUCGCCUUAUCGCGUAAAAAUAGUUCCGAUACCGGCCCAAGUGGAUCCGAGUUUAGCUUUGGUAGUGAAGUGAUGAGUGUUGAAUCACGCAAGAUUGGUUCAGUGCUAGUGCGCAGUGCAAGUAAUGAUUCACCGAAAUCUGGUGAAUUAUCAAGAAAUUCGAGUUUGAAUGAGCAGAAUGAGGCACCUCCUGCCAUACCUCCACGGAAGAGAGUUAGUGUUGACCAGUCUUACUCUCGUCAAGUGUCGAUUGAGGAAAAAAUCCCUGAAGCGGUAAAAAACGUUCCUGUUGGUUCAAUCGAUAUGGAACGUGAUUAUGACAAAGAAAAUGUGCUUAGUGCAGUUAUGGACAAAAAUACAAGUGAAUUUACAGACAAGACCGAGCCGCAGGAGGAAAAUAAAUUAAGUGUUAAGGAAAAAAUGUUAAAAUUCAAUCGGUUUGCCUCAGAAGAAGAAGCCAAAAUUCCAUCGCCGAUUGGAAAGAAAAAGCCAGAAAAGGGCCUCGAUGACACUAUUUCUACAGAAAACUUGCCACAACAUCCGAAAGCCAAAGAGUGGCUGAUUGCAGCAGCUAACGCAAACUACCAUGAGUUGGCUAAGCUCUCUACGGACCAUCCGAAUCUGGUCAAGCUGCAGAUAUCGACACCAUAGUAGUAGGACCAUACCUCGCCAUGUGCUGCUCAGUUCAGAGGUUUAAUUACGUCAAAUUAAGUGCAAUACCAGCAGAAAAAGCACACAGCACUACAACGAAGAGGAGGAGAUCUGUGUGCGAAUAAAACGAUGCCAAGUAAUCGUUAAGCAGCAGCAGAAAAUUGCGGGAGAGGCUGGAAUCCAUUCAUGGCGGUAACGUGAUCUGUUCUGCGAGACAGUAGAAGGGAAAAAAUGUCAUUGGUCGUAGAGUGAGAGUUCAAGAAAAAUCUGAUCACACACUGGCAUAAAAACAAGAUUGGUUAAUAUGUUUAGCAAAUGUAAAAAGAACAAAAUCCUCCCACUUUUUGUGGAAAUAUUUUCCUUCAUUAUUAUUUUCUUUCUUACUUAAUUAAAUCAGAGCAGUGGUGUUAGUCGUGUUUAUC